AUGGCAAGCUCAAGGAUGGCACGGUUUGUCAGUGAGGUCGCACCACCACAAUUUGUGAGUUUAAUGAGGCGGAGGACAACGAAAAUGUUGGACACAAUCAGUGAAGACGAGAGGGAAGUUUGUAUGCAUGAAAGAGAAGCGAAAAUAGCUGCUGCUGUUCAGUACUCAUCGUUUUCGUUUGGUUCAUCUCAACAACCACAAGCAGCUAGUGUUUUGUUUCAAGACCCUUUGCACUCUCUUUUGAUCUCAUUUUGUCUUUUGAGGAGUGGGGUUGAUUUUAAAAUCUGUGAAGCGGAUGUACUUUUAUCAGUUUAUGAACUUGAUGCAUUCUUGUUUAACAAAAAUAAUAUGUUUUAA